AUGCUACUAAGCUCAUUUUCAGCAUGCGAAGGCCCACCAGUCUAUCAAAAGGAAUAUCGAGAUAGCAGCUACGUACCGAAUAUUAUCGAAACGGAAUUUGGAUUCCAGAUUCUUGCACCGGAUACACCGUAUGUGGCAGCAGCUGGGAGGGAUCACCUAUACUUUAUCGAUACCCGCUUCGAUCGUGAUGCUGCUCAGCAUAUCAAAAAUCAAAUUGAGAGAGCAACUAUACAAGCUGGAGAUGAGUAUACUGCCAUAGACGAGAUUUCAGCGACAGCAGAAAUCAGAAAUCACAAAACCGGCGAGACGACAUUUGUGUUUGACCCUGCCUACGCCAGGGUAUUGUUUGCAAAAGGGAUAAAUAAGCGCAAUCCGGAGAUCCAACUUCCUGAGCCUGAGCCCGCCGGUGAUUGCUUAGUGGCCUAUGCUUUGGAUAAAAUAGCAGCUAAGCCUACUGAUGUGGUCUGA